AUGAGUUCAAAUGAAGAAAUGUUUCUUGUUAUUAUUGGUGAUGAAGACUAUCAGGUGCCUGAUGAUUUAAAAGAAGUUGUAGAACAAAGUGAUUCAAAUAUGGAGAUAGGUGAAAUUAUAGAAGAACAACAAAUUGAAGAAGAACCAUGUACCUAUGAAAUUCAAGUAGAAAAUGAAGAUGACUUAAAUGGUGAAGAAAAUGUAAAUCAAGAAGAAUAUAGUUUUGAUGGAGAAAUUGUUGAUGAAGGAAUAAUCAUAGAGGAACCAGUUUAUGAAGAGCCAGUAAAGACAGAUGUCAAUGGUGACAUAAUAAAUGAAAGGAUAAUACUAGACCAACCUUAUGAAGUUGAACUUGAAGAAAUGAAAGAAGAUCAAAAUAAUUCAACAAAUAAUCAAGAAAUAAUUAUUGAAGGUUUAGAUGAAAAUAGUAUACUACAGCUGCAAAAUGGGGAACUACAAUUAGAGGAUGGAGACGGGCAGCACUAUUUAAUACAAGAAGAGAAUGGACAGUAUGUCCUUCAAGAAUCAUCUAAGUACAAUAUAGUUGAGAUAAAUGGUGAACAAGUGUUAGUGCAAGAAGUUGAAGAGACCGAUGAACAUACCAAUAAAAACAAUUCAAAUGUUCAAUAUGUUAUUCAACAAGAUACUCAAGGAUCAAGCGAUGAUGAGUUUGCAAGACCAAAAGGAAAACAAGAAAGACCACCGAGGCCACAUCAGGUUUCUUCUUAUGUGCAAGAGUUGAAAGAAACCUACCCAGAAUUGAAUGAUGAAGAAAGAUUAAUUUCAACUUUAGCAGAAAUUAUGAGAACAAUAAAACCGCCACCUCUUCCUGAUAAUUUUUGUGUCAUGAAUGGCAUUAUGUUUGAGUGUAAUUCAUGUGGCAAGUUCUUUAACAGUAUGCCAGAGGCUGCUCGUCAUUUUCAAUACUAUCAUGGCGAGCGAUACCUCAUGUGUUUUGCGUGUGGAGCAGAUUUUAGAAACCCCACAAACUUAUACAAACAUGAGAAAGGUUGCACCAUGUAUCCCGAUAUCAUCUCAGUUUUGAAGGCGCGCUCCAGACAUCUUAGUAGCAAAGGACGUAAUCGGCCCUACUUUUCUAAAUCACAUGAAAUCAGAAUUGAAAAUAACAGAUUCCUGUGCAGCCAAUGCCCUGCAUCAUUCGGUACUCGGUCAGGCCUAGACGCGCACGAGCACGAGCACGCGGGAGACAGGCCUUACCUUUGCGCCUUCUGCGUCUGCGCAUACACUUCGCCUUCUGCCCUGUCGCGACACAUGCGCAAACACCGCGGCGAGAUGUUAGUGUGUGAGCAAUGCGGCAAGCGACUCAGUACUAGGAACGCCCUUGACGCACACAUGUUGACGCACCAACCUGCCCUUCGAAGAUACCUAUGCCCGGAGUGCCCGAAGCGUUUCUCGCAGAAGAGCAGUCUUCAGCUGCACCUUGAACGCCUUCAUCGCGACUUGCCCCCGCCAUGCGCCUGUCAACUGUGUCCGGCCAGGUACCCCCGUAUGUCGCAACUGAGACAACACAUGAAGGAAGUACACGGAAUGCUACUCAUGACUCAAAAGAUGUUCUACAAAUCGUUGCCAAGAUUAACUCCAUCUCAAGUAGAGCAAGCAAAAGUGGUACUCAAAUCAGAGGUCGAAAAAUAUCCAAGAUAUGUCAUUGAAAAAUCGCUUUGA